AUGCUUAGUGAGGUUGAGCAGGCCUUUGUAGUUGUUCUUGAAGAUUUGUGGAGGAAGCCUCCCCAUCUGGAUACGAAGAGAUUUUUGAGUGAUCCAUCUUUGGUUUGGGCUGCUUUGGAGAUGUCGAAAAAUAAUGACUCUAUGAAGGCCUUCAAGAAGGCGAAGAAGGCAACUGCUGCUUUAAACAUUUCGGCCAAGGCGGCCGGAGAGGGAUCUUCCCAGGUUCCAGUUAAACCUCCUGUACCUAGUUCUCCCGGGCCGAGGAAAGCAAUUCCUAUUCCUUGGGUUCGCUUGGUCGAUCCUCCGCAAUCUUCUGCUGCAGCUCCUGGUGCCCCUCCUUGUAAGAAGCAAAAGGAAUUGAUGCAUCUUCGGGAAGAUUUGGAAACAGCUCGGGUUAAUUAUGGUGAGCUUCAAGGUCACCUUGUGGGUAGCGUAACUGCUGCCUCCGAGAACCUGAUGGAACAGUUCCGGGUUGUUGCUCCUGAUGCCGACUUGACUCUCAUCAGCCUGGACAAUGUCGUGAGGGAUGGUAAGAUUGUCCCUGAUGACCAGGAUGAUGAUGAGGCUGAUCCUCCCCCAGUGCCUUCUCUUAAGGUGUCGACCUCCUCUGUUCCUCCCGUUACAUCUGAUCCGAAUUGCCAGAUUCUGAACCGGGAUGAUGGAACCGUAGAUGCCGUGCCCCUUCAGACUCGUCCUCCUUCGCCUUGUCCUGACGCUGCCAAGAAGGCUCCAGAUGUUUGCUGAUCUCUUUCUGGAUGUAUAGUUGGCCCGGCUUGUGGGCUUUUAAAACUUUUCAUUAACAUUUCCUAGUUGCUUGUUUAGCAACUUUUUAUUUUGAAAAACAAAAGGUAGCUCGCUUUC